AUGAGCAUCUGGCUACAUAUAGGGGUACAACCUAAUAAUUCGAACACCGAAGAUAGUAUAAGAAUACUGAAAAAAGGUUUUUGUUCUGUCAUGCAUAAAAUAAACACAAAUUUUGGUUUUGAACUUAAGAAACUUUGGAAAAAUUCACGAUCAACCAUUAGAAAAAUCGGAAAACUAAACAGGAGGACUAUAGUCAAGAUGUUUAAAAAUAGUCUUCCUUCAGAUUUGAAUAAGAAACUAUGGGAAUCAAAUUUGGUGAGAUUUGAAACAGCCAAGAAUUCAAAAAAGUAUGCAAAGAUUGUUGACAGUCUUGAUCAAAUGAACAAAAUGCCAACAGAACAGCAUAUCCUGGACAGAUUUAAGUGCUUGGCUGCAAAUGUGAAAAGCAAAUCUACAGUGGAAAGAAAAACUGAGAAUGUACUAAACAAGUAUGAAAAAGACAGCAGAAAACCAGGAACGCAAGACUUUACCAACUUGUUCAACAUACACAAGGAGUUCAAAGUCAGUCAAGAUACUAAGGAUGAUUUAAACAGUGAAGAUGAAGAACAGCAAAAAGAAAAACAAGAUUCUGACAGUGGUUCUCAAGAUUCAGAUGCUCUGAAGGAAGAAGAAGAAAUUGUUUGGAGAGAUGAUAUGGCUUUCCUUCAUCACUUGAUCACUUGUUACAGACAGUUUAAGAAAACAGGAUGCUUCCCUAAAAUAAAUUUCAGAACUUUGCCAAAUAUAAGCAAUGCAGGAUAG